AUGCUACCUUGUGGCAGGGUCGGAUGUCCGGUCGUUUUCGUUUACGGUGUUGGCACUGUCUGGCCCACGGUCAGUUGUGUGAUAAAUGGUCACUCGCCGGCCUGCAGGGGCGGGUUCUAUGGGCUCAACCAUGCACCUCCCCGUUCCAACACAUACGAGGCACAACAGGAGGAGCUCGAGAACGACAAGUACAUCGAGGAUGUACAACCCACAUCUGUCAGGUGCUGCAGAUGCCAGAAGGCCAUCAGCCUUGACAAGCGCUCCAAGUACUAUCCUGGACUAUGGCUGAAGCACAGGGGAAAAGUGCCCCGGCAUCCUCAAGAUAGAGGCGAGCUAAUUUCUCAGGAGAAGAGACUGGUAUCUU